UACGGAGGCUCUGGUAGGCACCUGUGAGGCCCGAACUUGACCCGGGGCUGCGCGCCGCGCCCUACAUUCCUUUUAGGAAGCCCCCAUUGCUUCCCUCCCCAGACCGCCACCCCCACCUUGACUUCCCAGUCUGUCCCCGCAGGGCUGCUCUUUCCAGUAAGACCAUGGUACACAGGUUUGGCUGAUGGUUGACAGCUUAGAGAAAAAUUUGAGAGAGGAUGGAUGCAAAAGCUCGAAACUGUUUGCUUCAACAUAGAGAAGCCCUGGAAAAGGACAUUAAAACGUCCUACAUCAUGGAUCGUAUGAUUAAUGAUGGAGUUUUAACAGUAUCAGAGGAGGAAAAAGUAAAAAAUGAGCCCACUCAGCAGCAACGAGCAGCUCUCCUAAUUAAAAUGAUACUUAAAAAAGAUAAUUAUUCCUACAUAUCAUUCUACAAUGCUCUAAUACAUGAAGGGUAUAAAGAUCUUGCUGGCCUUCUUCAUGGUGGCAUUCCUGUCAUCUCUUCUUCGAAUGGUGGCAAAGAUUCAGUUGGUGGAAUAACUUCAUAUGUAAGGACAGUCCUGUGUGAAGGUGGAGUGCCACAGAGGCCGGUGGUCUUUGUUACUAGGAAGAAACUGGUGAACUCAAUUCAGCAGAACCUCUUCAAACUAAAUGGUGAACCAGGAUGGGUCAUCAUAUACGGAAUGGCAGGUUGUGGGAAGUCUGUUUUAGCGGCAGAAACUGUUCGAGAUCAUUCUUUCUUAGACGGUUGUUUCCCAGGGGGUGUGCACUGGGUUUCAGUUGGGAAACAAGACAAGUCUGGGCUUCUGAUGAAACUGCAGAAUCUUUGCGCACGGUUGGAUCAGGAUGAGAGUUUCUCCCAGAGGCUUCCACUCAAUAUUGAAGAGGCUAAAGACCGCCUUCGCAUUCUGAUGCUGCGUAAACACCCACGGUCUCUGUUGAUCUUGGAUGAUGUUUGGGAUCCUUGGGUAUUAAAAGCUUUUGACAAUCAGUGUCAGAUUCUUAUUACAACCAGAGACAAGAGUGUUACAGAUUCAGUAAUGGGUCCUAAAUAUGUAGUCUCUGUGGAGAGUGGCUUAGGAAAAGAAAAAGGACUUGAAAUUUUAUCCCUUUUUGUUAAUAUGAAGAAAGCAGAUUUGCCAGAACAAGCUCACAGUAUUAUAAAAGAAUGUAAAGGUUCUCCUCUUGUAGUGUCUUUGAUUGGUGCACUUUUACGUGAUUUUCCCAACCGUUGGGAUUACUACCUUAGGCAACUUCAGAAUAAGCAAUUUAAGAGAAUAAGGAAAUCUUCAUUUUAUGAUUAUGAGGCUCUGGAUGAAGCCAUGUCUAUAAGCGUUGAAAUGCUCAGAGAGGACAUCAAAGAUUAUUAUACAGAUCUUUCCAUCCUUCAGAAGGAUGUUAAGGUGCCUACAAAGGUGUUAUGUAUUCUCUGGGACAUGGAAACUGAAGAAGUUGAAGACAUACUGCAGGAGUUUGUUAAUAAGUCUCUCUUAUUCUGUGAUCGGAAUGGAAAAUCAUUUUGUUAUUAUUUACAUGAUCUUCAAGUAGAUUUCCUUAUAGAAAAGAAUCGCAACCAGCUUCAGGAUCUACAUAAGAAGUUAAUCACUCAGUUCCAGAGACAUCACCAGCCACAUACUCUUUCACCAGAUCAGGAGGACUGCAUGUAUUGGUACAAUUUUCUGGCUUACCACAUGGCUAGUGCUAACAUGCACAAAGAACUUUGUGCUUUAAUGUUUUCCCUGGAUUGGAUUAAAGCAAAAACUGAACUCGUAGGCCCUGCCCAUCUGAUUCAUGAGUUUGUGGAAUAUAGGCAUAUAUUGGAUGAAAAGGAUUGUGCAGUCUGUGAAAAUUUCCAAGAGUUUUUAUCAUUAAAUGGACACCUUCUUGGACGACAGCCAUUUCCUAAUAUUGUUCAACUGGGUCUCUGUGAACCAGAAACUUCAGAAGUUUAUCAGCAAGCUAAGCUGCAGGCCAAGCAGGAGGUCGAUAAUGGAAUGCUUUACCUGGAGUGGAUAAACAAAAAAAACAACAAGAAUCUUUCCCGCUUAGUUGUCCGCCCCCAUACAGAUGCUGUUUACCAUGCUUGCUUUUCUGAGGAUGGUCAAAGAAUAGCUUCUUGUGGAGUUGAUAAAACCUUACAGGUGUUCAAAGCUGAAACAGGAGAGAAACUUCUGGAAAUCAAGGCUCAUGAGGAUGAAGUGCUUUGUUGUGCAUUCUCUGCAGAUGACAGAUUCAUAGCAACCUGCUCAGUGGAUAAAAAAGUGAAGAUUUGGAAUUCUAUGACUGGGGAACUAGUACAUAUCUAUGAUGAGCACUCAGAGCAAGUCAAUUGCUGCCACUUUACCAACAACAGUCAUCACCUUCUCUUAGCCACUGCGUCAAGUGACUGUUUCCUCAAACUGUGGGAUUUGACCCAAAAAGAGUGUCGGAAUACCAUGUUUGGCCACACAAAUUCAGUCAAUCACUGCAGAUUUUCACCAGAUGAUAAGCUUUUGGCUAGUUGCUCAGCUGAUGGAACAUUAAAGCUUUGGGAUGUGAAAUCAGCAAACGAGAGGGAAAGCAUUAAUGUGAAGCAAUUCUUCCUAAAUUCAGAGGAGCCUCAAGAGGAUAUGGAAGUGAUAGUGAAAUGUUGUUCAUGGUCUGCUGAUGGUGCUAGCAUAAUGGUGGCAGCAAAAAAUAAGAUCUUUCUUUUUGACAUUCAUGCCAGUGGCCUGUUGGCAGAAAUCCAUACAGGCCAUCAUAGCACCAUCCAGUACUGUGACUUCUCCCCACAAAAUCGUUUGGCAGUGGUGGCUUUGUCCCAGUGCUGUGUAGAGUUGUGGAACAUGGACUCGUGUUUAAAAGUGGCUGACUGCAGAGGACAUUUAAGUUGGGUUCAUUGUGUGAUGUUUUCUCCUGAUGGAUCAUCAUUUUUGACAUCUUCUGAUGACCAGACAAUCAGGCUCUGGGAGACAAAGAAAGUAUGUGAGAACUCUGCUAUAGUGUUAAAGCAAGACAUAGAUGUUGUGUUUCAAGAAAAUGAAGUGAUGGUUCUUGCAGUUGACAAUGUAAGACAUCUGCAGCUCAUUAAUGGAAAAACAGGUCAGACUGAUUAUCUGACAGAAGCUCAAGUUAGUUGCUGUUGCUUAAGUCCACAUCUUGAGUACAUUGCAUUUGGAGGCGAAGAUGGAGCCAUUGAGAUUUUAGAACUCCUAAACAACAGAAUCUUCCAAUCCAGAAUUGGGCACAAGAAAACUGUACGGCACAUCCAGUUCACAGAUGAUGGGAAAACUCUUAUUUCAAGCUCUGAUGAUUCUUCAAUUCAGGUGUGGAAUUGGCAAUCAGAGGAAUAUGUCUUUCUACAAGCCCAUCAGGAAACAGUGAAAGACUUUAGGCUUUUGAAAAAUUCAAGACUGCUUUCCUGGUCAUUUGAUGGAACAGUGAAGGUGUGGAGUAUUAUUACUGGAAGAAUAGAAAAAGAUUUUGUCUGUCACCAAGAUACAGUACUUUCUUGUGAUAUUUCUCCUGAUGCUACUAAAUUUUCAUCUACAUCUGCUGACAAGACUGCAAAGAUUUGGAGUUUUGAACUUCUUUCCCCUCUUCAUGAGCUGAGGGGCCACAAAGGCUGUGUGCGCUGCUCUGCCUUCUCUGUGGACAGUACCCUGUUGGCGACUGGAGAUGACAAUGGAGAAAUCAGGAUAUGGAAUGUCUCAAAUGGUGAGCUGCUUCAUUUAUGCGCUCCGAUUUCAGUAGAAGAAGGAGCUGCCACCCAUGGAGGCUGGGUGACUGACCUUUGCUUUUCACCAGAUAGCAAAAUGCUUGUCUCUGCUGGAGGAUAUCUUAAGUGGUGGAGUGUUGACACUGGGGAAUCCUCACAGAUCUUCUACACAAAUGGAACCAAUCUUAAGAAAAUACACGUGUCUCCUGACUUCAAAACAUAUGUGACUGUUGAUAAUCUUGGUAUUUUAUAUAUUUUACAGAUGUUAGAGUAAAGUAGUUAAGGAAUAAUGUAGUUGAACUCUUUAAUUUUGAAUUGGAAAAAAAUUCUAUUGAAACUUCUGUAUUUCGACUUUUUAUAAAGCUGUGAAUUGUUUUGCAGUACUGCAUUCAUUAUGAAAGUGUUUGUGGUUGGGUGAAUAAUAUUAAUGUAGCCUUUUCCCAAACGAACACACCUUUAAUCUUGUUUUUCAUAAUCAUCAUCAUUAUUGUUAACAGUUUGUCCUUAAGAUGCAAAUGAAAAUGUAAAUAUGUACCUUGUUAUACUGUUGGUAAAAUUCUCUCUUGAUGCAUUCAAAUUGGUUGACAUAAUUAAUGAGAAUAAUUUGAAGGAAAUAUGUAUUUUAAUGCUAUUAUUAUGCAGGCUGUGCCUCAGGGUAGCAGGCCUGCUUUCUGAACCACAUUACCCCAAGGGAUAUAGUUCUCUCAAUUACAAUCUUGGAGCUUAUUUGCACCCCUUAAAUUUGCUUUAAAAAUAUUAUGUUUGUGUGCAUAGUUUGCAGCAUUUCCUUAAAUUCACUAGAUAAGUGAGUGUUGGAUUUCAAAAGUUCUUGUGAAGCAAAAAUCAUAGGACUACCUUUUUCUCACUAGCUAAUGGCAGCCCUGUGCCGCCACUGGACUCUAGUUGUCAAU